AUGGAGAAUAGAGAUAUCAGCCAAGCAUCGAUCGACACAGAACGUUGUCAAUCGAGCGACGCAGAUACUGAAGUAUCGAUCGUUUCAUCAGGAACAUUAUCGAUCGACACCACCCAGCCGGAAGCAGGUAAGUACCCUCUUCCCGAUGCUAAUAAUAAGAAGGUAGUCCAAACUGAACCAAUAGGUCAAUCAAGCAACAUUUCUAGCCAAACUACUGAAAAACAGGGGACUGAAAUCCCUGUUAAGUCAAACUCUACUUUAGACAUAGGUAAAGAAAUUAAAUUGCCCUUGCAAGACUACUUAAACCCUAAUAGGACCUAUUCCAAUAGGUCCGCUAUCAGAAUACCUGACAACGUCAUCUCGAAAACCAAGUUUAAUGCUGACUAUUAUAAUAUGAUGCGUCGAAACCCUUUUAAAGGAUCUUCUCUAGAACAUCCACAAGACCACAUCGAGGGUCUAGAGGAAUUGAUUCCAGAUGAGUAUAUUCGUUGCAGACUUUUCCCAUUUUCAUUAGAAGGGGGAGCCUUGAGAUGGCUAAACUGUCUACCAAGAGGAUCCCUGACUAGCUGGAAGGAGAUUAGAAAUGCUUUCCUUAAGCAAUUCUUCGACGAUACUCGUUAUUGGGAAGUAAGGAGGCGAAUCUCUACUUUCCGUCAAGAUCCUCAGGAAUCAUUCAAAAAUGCAUGGGGAAGAUUCAAGAGUUACGAACUCGAAUGUCUCCACCAUGGUUAUCCAGAACCACAAUUUCUUAAGAUCUUUUACAAAGGUGUUAUUCUGAGCUAUAAGACAACGCUUGAUACAACAAGCGAAGGGAAUUUCGUUACUAGAAAUCCUAUGGAAGCAAGACGUCUAAUCGAAAACAUGGCGAGAGGAAGCUUUACACGAGACUAUGAAAUCUGUAUACAGUCUCGUAUCGGAAGAGAAAAAUACAAUCUUAAGCAAGCUCUUACAGGAAACCGUAAAAUGAAAUUCGAAUUCAACGGGAAAGUAAACAGUGUUUACGGAGAGCUAAAUCAGAAAAUGGAUUCUCUAAUUGAACAUCUACGGGGAAUGGAAGACAAAAUUGCUAACCUUGCAACAACUCUGAAAAGAGAGACGGGUCGUCUUCCUGGAAGGACCGAUGCUAAUCCUGGAGCAAAACGCCAGGCAUAUGCUGUGAUGCUACGAAGUGGAAAACACCUUGAAACGAAUUCCAGAGAAGACGUCAGAAAUAAAAAACUCAUCGAUAACGCGGAAAAAAGCAAUUCCAACCCCAUAGAACUGCUUGAUAACGACUCCGACUCAGAAACAUCAGAACAAAGGAAAAAUUCUUCAAAUGAAAAGAAUAAGGGGAAAACUAUGGAUCUGGACAAAGAGAAUCCCGAUGCCGAAGACAAAAUCGACCAUCUAGACGAACCGCAUAUCGAUCGAUCCUCUGGGAAGGAAAACGAUCGACCGUCUGGCACCAGCAGUAGCAAUACACAAUCUAUCGGGACUGAAAGAGUCUAUAGAGCUCCUCCCCCUUUUCCUCCAAACAAACCGCAAACUAAGAAAGCGUUAGAGCAUGCAAUCUGCAAAAAAGCUUUCGAUAAAAUCAAUUUCGAGGCGUCCCUCAGUGACGCUCUUAAGAUAGCCCCUUCGGUGAAAAAGUACAUGAAAGAUAUGAUAUCCUCAAGUGGAGAACAAAGCGUCAUGCUAGUAUCAGAGGAAGUAAGUGCGAUAAUACAAGGAGGGACUUCCAUUAAAAGGUCUGACCCUGGGAGUUUCGUCCUAGAUUGUAAGAUACAAAACGCACGUUUCCCUCGUUCUCUCUGUGAUCUUGGCUCUAGUGUAAACCUCAUGCCACACUCUGUAGCAGUUUCACUAGGUUAUGAUGUAUUUGUUCCAACGCCUAUCACAUUAGUUCUAGCUGAUCGCUCUAUUAGGGUACCUGAGGGAAUCCUAGUGGAUAUGCCAGUAGAAAUUGAUGGUUGCUCUAUACCAGCAGAUUUUGUCGUACUAAAGUAUAAGCAAGUGCCGAAAGACCCCCUUAUAUUAGGACGACCCUUUUUAGCUACAUCAGGAGCAAUAAUAGAUUGUCGAGGAGGAAAAUUGAUUUAA